AGGCUAAACAAACAGAAAAGAGAUAAGGCAAAAUAUGGCAGUUAGUUCUUCAAUCUCAGUUCUCUUGGCAAAUCCAGUGCCCAGAAUCUGCUCCUGCAAAAUUGAAACUGGGAUUAGGGUUUUGAAUCACAAAACGCUGAAGUUUUAUGAGAGGUUAGGCAGUCGAUUUAACUCAACAAGGCUAAAUGCAGCUGGAUUGUCUGAGAUAGAACCUGAUCUAAACGAAGAUCCAGUUGACCGUUGGGCCACUCCCAGUAUUGACCCUGACGAUUUUAUAUAUGGAGAGUAUGAUGGUCAUCACACCUACUUCGAAGGCGAAGAGAAGAGAACAUUUUGGGAAUUAAUUGCAGAAGAUUAUAAUGCAGUAGAACCUCCAACUGGUUUUCAGGGGGUUAUUUCAUGGCUUUUCCUUCCAGCAGUUGCAGCUGGAAUGUAUUUCGACGUGCCGGGGGAGUAUCUAUACAUUGGAGCAGCUUUGUUUACAAUAGUAUUUUGCAUAAUAGAGAUGGAUAAGCCAGACAAGCCUCACAAUUUUGAACCUCAGAUAUAUAAUAUGGAAAGGGGAGCUCGUGACAAGUUGAUAAGUGACUAUAACUCCAUGAGCAUCUGGGACUUCAAUGAGAAAUAUGGAGAUAUCUGGGAUUUCACCAUAGAGAAGGAUGACAUAACAAAGAGAUAAUUCUUGGAGAAAAGAAUUGUAAUUAUUCCAUCUUCAGGUGGGUGGUUGUCAAACAAAUAAUCAUAUUUAUGUGGACUUGGGAGCAUCUCGAUCCUUAAUUGGUCGAUAAUUAUAUUCCUGAUUGUAAUCUUUUAGACCUCAAAACUAUCUUGCUUUCCUAAUUUAUGCUGCAAGUAUGCACCAUUUUCUUAAA